UGCUCUUUGUUAAAUUGAUUGAAUUGGGUUCAUAUGAAGAUCAGGAGUGGGAUUCAAGCAGAGUCGCACUCUUUCUUCUGUCAUGAUAGUUGUGAUAAUAGUUUUGCAAUUGUGUUGGAACUCUUGUGGGAUGGGGUAAAGAGUGUGCAUCAAAUCUAGUCACAAUUUUGGUUUUACAGUUAUUUAUCCCCUCCAAUUAAUGUGCAAUUAGGAUGGUUGAAUGUUUGUACUUUGAUCCUAUCACCACCACGUAUUAUUGGUAGGUAUAGCAUUUGUCUUGUGGUUUGGUGAUAUUAAGGUGUGAUCAUAAACCUUGUUGGUUUGGUUGACGGUGCCUGUAAUCCUUGAUGCUAAAGAAUCUUAGGAAACUAAUCUGUUACGCUAGGGGUUGUUGGGAGCUGUAUUAUCUUUCCAUGUCCACUUUUUUCGUGGUUUGUGUAUUUGCAACAUUGGAAUUGCUUUUGAGCUUCACUCAUAAACAAGUGAACUUAUGAUUUGUGUCGUAUGGCAUUAAACAGAAGCUUCAACGAUAGAUUGCGCUGCAAAUCUUUGGGCCUUGAUAAUCUGUAAAUACAUGCAUUCGGUCCACUGAGGUUAAAAGCUAAACGAGGUUCAUUCUCGGUGUCUGAAAUGGGGUUAUUGUACAUCUCUCAUUAUUUUUUCAGCUUGGGGUUUCGCAAAUGCACGUUUGACAAUUCUAGUCUUUUUAAACAGUGUCGACCCCCCACGUAUCUGCACAUGAACAGAUUCUUCAAACAAUCCUAUAGGCCAUAGACAUAGCUUUUAUUGGUUAGUUUGGUGAAUUCAGAUGAAUUUUUGAGAGCUAAGAGGAUAAAUGAGACUGACAAGAUCCGUUCCUCUUAGAAAGUAUUAGUGUCACGGAAUUAUUAUUGAGACGUGCAGCGUUCGUGUUUAUAAGUUGAAGAAAUUAGUUCUCAUUGUGGAGGGUCGCCCUGCUUAGUUCAAUGUAGAGUAUUUAAGUUUAUAAGUAUAAAAACUCCUUUUAAUGUAUCUUAUGUGAGAUUUUAUAAUACGAAGAUCAAAAUUUUUCUCUUUUUUUGUAACACUUAUAUCAUAUUCAUAUCCAAUAUGAGGUUUUGUAACAGAAACAUCAUGUCAAUGUUAAUUUGCCCAAAUUGUCGCCGCUAUAUUUGAGAUGCAACAGGAAGAGCUUCUUGAUUGAGGCAAGCAAAUUUGUACUCCCCUUAAGAGGCCAAACGAAAAUUAGCGGCAAAGACUGCGGAAGAAUUGGAGAGAGAUGGCCAUGACGUAGCCACGUGGCAAGUGAACUUUAGCUUUAUGAAAAUCCAGCAUGGCAUAUAGAUUAGAUAAAUGUGGUCCCAUGAAAUAUAGCCGUUACUGCAAGAACGACUCCCUCGCCGUCUUCAGGUGAAAGCCAAAGACCUGGUUUAGACUGACUAAUAAGCUACCAACGGUUUCAUGGAAUGCAGGUAAAACUAGCCGUUAAGAAGUAUAUCUAAACAUGAAGACCCCAACCCACCCCGAUCUCUACUGACUUUGUCUCCCCCCCUCCCAAGGACACAACUAGAUUCCCUUUCCCUUUUUAUUUCUCCUCACUUCCCUUCUUCUCUCUAACUUCUUCCUUCCAUCUUUCUCCGCACAGUCACGGUCUUCUCUUAUCUGCAUCCAUAAAGGGGAACAAAGGAAUAGAGGAUAUCCAACUCAGCUCGUCUCCUUCCUUCUCUUUUCUCGCUCUUACUUCUGCAUUUUCAUGGAAAAUACUUGUCAUCUCUUCAAUGAAUCUAACCCAUUGCUUAAUGAGAAUGUUUCAGGUUCGGAGGACAAAUGGAACAUAAAACCACGAAAGAAACUUGUAUCUCCCUUUGUUCUUAGAAACGAGUUCUUCCUCUUUGCCCAUUUGUUUCUGUUUCUGUUUCUGCUACCGUUUUCAGCUCUGCUUGUUUCGGGCCAACACUGGGAUGGAGUGAUUGUAACCCAAGCUGAUUAUCAAGCUCUUCGAGCCAUAAAACACGAACUCGUCGACUUCAGAGGAUUCCUACGCAGCUGGAAUGAUAGCGGCUAUGGAGCUUGCUCAGGUAGGUGGGCUGGAAUCAAGUGUGUUAAGGGACAAGUCAUCGCUAUCCAGCUUCCUUGGAGGGGAUUAGGUGGCCGUAUUUCCGAGAAGAUUGGUCAGCUUCAAGCUCUUAGGAAGCUUAGCCUCCAUGAUAAUGUUCUUGGCGGUCCAGUCCCUUGGUCUCUUGGGUUCCUCCCCAAUCUCAGAGGGGUAUAUCUCUUCAACAACAGGCUUUCAGGUUCCAUCCCUCCUUCUGUUGGUAACUGUCCUGCUCUGCAAACUCUUGAUUUGAGUAACAAUUCACUCUCUGGUAUGAUUCCUCCUAGUCUUGCCAACUCUACUAGGUUAUAUAGACUUAAUCUGAGCUACAAUUCUUUGUUGGGUUCCAUCCCCGUUCGUCUCACCCGGUCACCUUCUCUCACCAUUCUAGCUUUGCAACAUAACAAUCUUUCUGGUUCUGUCCCAGAUACAUGGGUUGGAACAGGAAACAGUUCUUACCAACUUCAGAUCUUGACCCUUGAUCACAACUUCCUCACUGGAGCGAUUCCAGUUACCCUGCGCAAGUUGAGUUUACUUGAACAAAUUUCUUUAAGCCAUAACCAGAUUUCUGGGACCAUACCUGAUGAACUAGGGACACUAUCAAAACUCCAGAUGCUAGACUUAUCAAGCAAUGCUAUCAAUGGGACCUUCCCUUCUAGCUUUUCCAACCUCUCCUCUCUUGUUUCUUUAAACCUUGAGGGCAAUCGCCUUGAUAACCAAAUCCCAGAAAGAUUAGACAAAUUGCAAAACCUCACAGUGCUCAAUCUGAAAAAUAAUAGAUUAAGCGGCCAGAUCCCAGCAACUAUUGGCAACAUAUCUGGCAUCAGCCAAUUAGAUUUAUCUGAAAACAAUUUUACUGGAGAAAUUCCGGAUUCACUUGCCAGCCUAACCAAUCUUAGUCAUUUCAAUGUUUCUUACAAUAAUCUCUCUGGUGCUGUCCCAUCUCUCCUAGCCAAAAACUUCAAUUCAAGCUCUUUUGUGGGCAAUCUUCAGCUCUGUGGCUACAGCACAUCAACCUUAUGUCCUUCUCCCUCCCCUCUCAAUCUUUCACCUGCACCUGCAGAGGCACCCAAACAUCAUCACAGAAAACUCAGUAUCAAGGACAUCAUCCUCAUAGCAGUUGGUGGCCUCCUAGCGAUACUAUUAAUUUUAUGCUGCAUCUUACUCUGCUGCUUACUGAAGAAAAAAGCUACCUUGAAACAAAAGAGUGGUAAAAUGGGGGCUGCCAUAGGAAAAACUGAGAAGGCAGUUCCUGUGGCAGGCACUGAAGUUGAGUCAGGCGGUGAAAUGGGUGGAAAGUUAGUCCACUUUGAUGGUCCAUUUGUUUUUACAGCUGAUGAUCUAUUAUGUGCCACUGCGGAGAUAAUGGGGAAGAGCACUUAUGGUACAGCUUACAAGGCAACUUUAGAAGAUGGCAAUCAAGUUGCUGUGAAGAGGUUGAGGGAGAAGACUACAAAGGGACAGCGGGAGUUUGAGUCUGAGGCUGCUGCACUUGGAAAGAUCCGCCAUCCAAACCUCCUUGCCCUUAGGGCCUAUUACUUGGGACCCAAAGGAGAGAAGCUUCUUGUAUUUGAUUACAUGCCCAAAGGAAGUCUUGCAUCUUUCCUCCAUGCUCGAGGGCCAGAAACCACCAUUGAUUGGCCAACAAGGAUGACAAUAGCACUUGGGAUUGCACGAGGAUUGAACUACCUACACACCCAAGAAAAUAUAAUUCAUGGAAACCUCACAUCUAGCAACAUACUACUUGAUGAGCAAACCAAUGCCCACAUUGCUGAUUUUGGCCUUUCUAGGCUAAUGACCGCUGCUGCCAGCACAAAUGUGAUUGCCACUGCAGGAACACUCGGCUACCGAGCACCAGAACUCUCAAAGCUCAAGAAUGCCAGCACAAAGACUGAUGUGUACAGCCUUGGAGUGAUCAUCCUGGAGCUCCUUACAGGGAAAUCCCCAGGUGAGCCGAUGAAUGGCAUGGACUUGCCCCAGUGGGUGGCAUCCAUUGUAAAAGAGGAAUGGACUAAUGAAGUCUUUGAUUUGGAGCUCAUGCGAGAUACACCAACCAUCAAUGAUGAGCUGCUUAACACUUUGAAAUUAGCUCUUCAUUGCGUUGAUCCCUCACCUGCAACACGCCCUGAAGUUCAGCAGGUUCUGCAGCAACUAGAAGAGAUCAAGCCCGAGGUGGCUGCUGGUUCUGGUGAUGAUGGAGAUAAAGUUCCACCAACAGCUGAAUAGAGUUUCUUCAUUGUUUACAGCAUUUUAGGGAGCAAUACAAUAAAUAAAGGGUUCACAGAAAUUCAUUAUAGGAGAAAGAAAGAGAGAGAUAGAGGAGGGGGGACGGGGUUUACUCAACCGAUUUUUUUAUUCUUAUUAUUAUUUGCUGUUUCAUAUAUGUAAAUAUAAGUUGUUUUGAAUGAGUAUUCUUUUUGUCUAAGACAAUAAAUGUAUUCUUUGCAAUUCAUGCUUAAUGUUAUUAAGAGAGAA